AUGAGCCGCGCGACACCACGAAAAGCCCGUGGCCACAAGCGCCAACCCUCGAACCUUAUCCCUGCCAUCUCCGACUACGAGUCCGACGCGGCCGCCGCUGCCCAGCAGUCGUACGCGCCGCCGCCUCCGCGCAACAAUACCGAGCUCAACGUCGCCGUCCUCCAGCGCUACGUGCCCUCCAUCUUCAGCAUCCUCAGCAUCGCCGCCAAUGCCGUCGUCUACACCUUUGACAGCGUCGCCGAGAACUGGGAGAAGUCGGGCGUCGAGGGCACCCUGUUUGUGUGUACCCAGUCCCCGCUGCCCGACGACCCCGACAACACGCCCCGCGCGUGCGUCUUUGUGCUCAACCGCCGCGGCCUCGGCAACGUCAUUGUCGAUCUCGCCCAGGUCAGCCACGUCGAGAUUGCGGGGGAGCUGGUCAUCCUGAGGGUGGAGGGCGCGUGGGCAGAGGGUGAGAGGGUGCUGGGUAUUUGGAUGCACAAUGACCGCGAGGAGACGAGGCAGGUCAAUGGUGCCAUGAUCCAGGAGUGCUGGGGAAUUGCGCGAUCAGCGGGUGCCGUGGAGAAUCAGCGGCAAGAGGCCGGCCCGGCGAUGCAAGCUAUCGGAAAGCCUCUGACUCUGAAUGAGCUUUUUGGGAAGCAAGCAGUCAACCAGGGACAAUAA